AUGAAUGGCCAGUUUCAGAUCUACCAGCAGACUCCUCGAAAUUACGCCGCUUGGUCGCUUUGCCAACCACCUUACGAGUCGGAAAAUCCGGCCAGUUUUUCUCGACCGCCAACUUUCAACGGCCAUUACACUAGUCGUGUUAAAUGGAAUGGAAACAAAUCCGAGAGAUGCAACGACAGACGCCGUGUAAACUCUAACGAUUCAUCGGAGACGAACCGAUUCACCGGCAAGGUUCGACGAUUUCACUUUCCGAAGAGGAGGUUUCCCAGCGGCGGACGUUUCUCUGCUCCAUUCGCGCCACGUAAUACAACAUCGUUCAUAAUCCGCGCGAAGAAGUCUGGCGGCAUAGCUUCUCUGGUGUCUCCUUGUGCGACGACUCCGGCGAUCUUGACAACGCCGAGACUAUCGCCGUCGACAGAGGUGGUUGUGGAGAUGGCGAAGGAAAAGUGGGGAGUUGACGGAUAUGGCACAAUGAAAGGCCUAAUUCGUGUCCGGUCAGAGAAAGAAGAUACCGACGAAAGGGAGAACAUUGGCGGUGAACUUUUGGAAAUUGAGAAGAGAUUGAGCAGUGAUUUAAGCAGGUUUGAGAUGAUAUAUCGAAAUGAAAAUAGUUUAGAGAAUAGGGUUGAUGAACAGGAAUUACAUAUUACACGUCUUGAAGAACAUAAUCUAACACUUAAGGAAAGAAUUUUUCUCCUUGAAGAUGAAUUGGGUGAGUUGCGACGGCGUGUUUUAUGCUUGGAGACGGAGGGAAUCAGAUUGCAAGAUUUCAACGGAGGCGAUGUUUGCUCGGAGAAAAGUGUCGGAGAUGAUGGAGACAGUGAUGAAAGGUGA